CAAAACGGACGUACUAGUCGUAGUUCUCAGUAUAGUAGAAUACCGGGUUUUGCGUUGGACAUUCGAAAGUUCGGACAUCUAGCUUAUCAAAUAUUAAUAUUAGUCACAUUAUAAGGAACUUAAAAUACUUUGAAAUUUCCUAUUCUCUUGAUGUUUGUCAUAAUGCGCAAAUACAAUGAGAAAAUUGAAAGAAAAAUGUUUCAAAGUGCGUGAGAAACCAAGGGAAGAACAUAGCACGAGGAAAACAGAAAGGUUUCCUACUCCGCCAUGUACUGUCCGCAACCCACGAUAACAAAACAUAAGCGUGGCAAAAAGGAAUGUUUCGAAAUGAUCUCUCGGGAAUUAUGCAAACUAAUUACGAAUUGGAGCAAACUGUGAUUUUCAAGUAUUCUGCUGAACCGUAAUCAAACACAAUCAUGGCGGAAAACGUGAAGGUAGUGGUCCGAUGUAGACCGAUGAACAAACGGGAACAAUCGUCAGGAUGCAAAAAUAUUACUCAAAUCGAUAAUUCAGUCGUAAACUUAGACAAUCCAAACGAUGCAAGCGCACCGCAAAAGUCGUUCAAAUUCGACAGCGCCUACGGGUAUGCUGCAACGACCGAGAACAUUUAUAGCGAGAUCUGCUAUCCGUUGAUCGAGAGCGUUCUCGAGGGCUACAAUGCGACGAUCUUUGCAUACGGUCAAACUGGUUGCGGAAAGUCGCACACAAUGCAGGGGACAACGUACAAUGUGUCUGCCGCAGACCCGAACAACGCCAACAACAUUGGCAUCAUCCCUCGGUCGUUCGAACACGUGUUCGAAGCGAUUGCUGUUGCAGCCGAUGUGCGAUAUCUGGUCCUAGUGAGUUAUCUUGAGAUAUACAAUGAAACAAUCAGGGACCUGUUGGCAUUGAAUUCGGGUGGUGGCGCAAACCUCGCUAUUAAAGAAGUUCCUGGUGAAGGAGUUACCGUGCAAGGUCUAUCGAUGCAUACGGUGCACGGGAUGAAGGAAUGCAUUGAUUUGUUGGAGAUGGGGGCCAAAAAUCGGAUAGUUGGUGCGACGCUGAUGAAUAUCGAAAGCUCUCGAUCGCAUUCAAUUUUUACAAUUAGUUUAGAGCAAAUGUCCACCGGUACGGAGCAGGAAGCUGUGAUAAAACGAGGAAAGUUGAAUCUAGUAGAUCUAGCUGGGUCGGAGCGGCAAAGCAAAACAGGAGCAACUGGUGACAGGCUGAAGGAGGCAACCAAGAUUAAUCUUUCCCUCUCGGCCCUGGGGAAUGUUAUCUCGGCGUUGGUAGACGGAAAAACAAAACAUGUACCAUACAGGGAUUCCAAAUUGACACGGUUACUGCAGGACUCAUUGGGCGGCAAUACGAAGACGCUGAUGAUUGCCUGCAUUUCUCCAGCAGAUUUCAAUUAUGACGAAACGCUUUCGACUCUACGUUAUGCAAGCCGAGCGAAGAACAUAGCCAAUAAACCGAAGAUCAACGAAGAUCCCAAAGACACGAUGCUUCGGGAAUAUCAAGAGGAAAUUCAGCGACUAAAGCAGUUGCUUGCAAUGGAAGGAAAGCUGCCGACCGAUAAUGAUGUUUCGGCACGUGAUGUUCUGGAGACGGUUGUUUCAUCCGGGAUAGUUCAAUCAUCUUACGAAGAUGAAAAACGAAUUCUGAAGAACCAGUACGACAUCGAUGUGUCAAAUUUGAGAAAAGAAUAUGAACAACAGAAAAUUGCCAAACAGGAGCUGGUAAAGGAUAUAGAAAAGAUCAAGUCGUAUUACGAAGGUCAGAUGCAAGAAUUGGUUUCGAAAAGAAAUGCGGAAAAAGAAGAAGCAGUUGUAGUGAAUUCAGAAGUAGCGAUUAAGCCGCCGGUUGACAAACAAGAAAUAUACAACCGAAUUAGGGAAAUUAAGGAUGCAUUGAUUGGGGGCGAACGUGCGAACGACAUUCAGCUAAAGGAGAAGCGGUAUCGAAACAAGUUGGCAUCGGAAAAGCGCCUGAAUGCGUUGGCGCAUGUGAUAAGUAGGGUGGAGCAAAGCGAGGACCGAGACUUGUUACAGGGACAUUAUUCGGAUAUACAACAAGAGUUAAAAGUGCGUUACGAGCAGAUAAGACAACAGCGAAGAAGGGUAAAAUCUCUAGAGCGAGAUAUCAUUGACAUUCAGGGAGAGUUUCAGACGGAUCGAGCCGAUUACUUGGCCACGAUUCGAUUGCUAGAGAAAAAGAUACUGUUCUAUGAGGCUGUGUUUCAGAAGGCGUUGCCAGUGUUGCGGAAAGAUGGUCGGUAUUGGAACUUAGAAGGUUUGGAGCAAGAUUCCGAGUGGAGCGAUGAGCUGAAAAAAUGGAAGUUACCUGACGAUACACUUCUUAGGGUGCGAUUUCCACCUGCGGAUUCCAUCCUGCCACAACCAUGUAUCGAAUCGCCGGCGAAAAGCGGUCGCGAUAGUCAAACUUCCUUCACGGCACCGGGUCGGCUGGAACGAAGUUCUACGGUGAUCCUCACUAAACUACCCGACUGUGACAGCAAUUCAUCCGCCGGUGAACCCCGCCGGAAGGAAUUUCUUAGCAAGAGUACCAACUGCAGCCCUUUUCCCAAGAUUGAAGAUGUAGCGGUUGCGUAUUUCCGCCCGAGGCGGGCAGCCGAGUUGGUCUACCGAAGUGGAUGGGGAGGUUUGAAGCAAUAGUGUGUUGUUUGUUUGAAUUUGUUAACGCAUGUUUGGGAUAUAUUUAUAUUUUUUGAAUACAGAAAUCAGAAUUUAUUUUUGAAUAAAACGUUACAUUGA